UGUGUGGGGACUGAGUGUGGGAAGUGUUCGUGGAAGCUGGCCUGCGUGUGAAAACCGAGCCGCCGAGGUGGGUGUGUUCCUAACGGCCCUCCGUCGGCCGGGCUCAGCCUCUGAGGACUGAGUGUGCGGCGGCUGCGGGGGACGCCAAAGACCCCGCACCCAAGCCCGGCGUGUGUGAGGAGGCGGGGUUGGCGGAGGGACUCGUGGUGUCUGCCGGGGUCGGCGCGUGCGUGUGCGCGUGCGUGUGCGCGUGGGGGCGCGGCGCGCGCCACGGCGGAGGGAGGGAAGGCGGCGGCAGGCCCAGACCCCGGUCGCACCCGGGGCGGCUCCUGUGCUAACCUGGGGCUGCUGCGCUCCAGCCGCCGCCACCGCCACCUCCAAACGCUGGCGUGACUCCCAGCUCGCGCCCCGCCCUCCCGCGUCCUCAGCCGGCUCGGUUUCCUGCCCGCCCAGACGCCGCUCCUCCCGAGCUCCGGGUCUCGGCUCCGCGGAGGGAGAGGAAAUGUGUGCGGCCGCGGCGCCGGCGCCCGAGCGCGGUUGGAAGAGCGAGAAAGUGGACGAGGCUCAGGCCCUGGCGCGGAGUUGCGCCGCCCGCAGACCCGACUUCCAGCCGUGCGACGGGCUCUCAAUCUGUGCCACGCACAGCCACGGCAAGUGCUUCAAGCUGCACUGGUGCUGUCACCUCGGAUGGUGUCACUGCAAAUACGUGUAUCAGCCGAUGACCCCUGUGGAACAGCUUCCAAGCACUGAGAUUCCCGCAAGGCCUUGGGAACCCACAAACACCAUUCAGAUCUCAGUGUCCCUCACUGAACACUUUUUGAAAUUCGCAUCUGUCUUCCAGCCUCCCCUCCCCCCUGAUUCACCCAGGUACUGUAUGAUCUCAGACCUCUUUAUUGACAACUAUCAGGUUAAAUGUAUUAAUGGGAAGAUGUGUUAUGUGCAGAAGCAGCCGGCGCCACAUUCCCACAAAAUUAGCCCCGAGGAGGUCUCUGCACACGAUGCCUUAAUAUCAAAAGAGAGCAAUACGCCAAAAAUAGAUCACUGCUCUUCUCCCUCAAGUUCUGAGGACUCUGGGAUCAAUGCAGUCGGGGCUCACUAUGUGGAGUCGUGUGAUGAGGACACAGAAGGAGGAGCAGAACUGAGUUCAGAGGAAGAUUACAGUCCAGAGAGCAGCUGGGAACCAGACGAGUGCACCCUUCUCUCCCCUUCGCAGUCUGAUCUGGAAGUGAUCGAAACAAUAGAAACCACCGUGUGAGCGUCCAGGCAGGAAGCCACGUCCUCUGAUCCAUGCUGAGCUUUUGUACUUUUGUCUAAUGGAUCCUUUUUCCAAUGCAGUCGAUGUUUUCUACCCCUCUCUAACAACCAUACCAGUUCAGUGGUCUGCUGAUUUAGCUUCACUUUUAAAUUAGUCUUAUAAUUAAGACAUUUUUUUCUUAUAAAUGGUUUUCUUUUGUAUCUUGACUUCCUUUUUAUGUAGCAUCUGGUGUCAUGAAUUGUGACCCAGCCUUAAUUUCACUGGGAACUUUGAAAGCAAUGAUGUGAUGAAGUGAUGAUCACAGAGCACCACGGAUCAGGUUGAGGAGCUGCCCGGAGUGAAGGAGACACUAUUUUAUAAAGAGCCAGUUCUUCGCAGAACAACUCUUUGGCGUUCCUUUUGGCGUGCUGACGAGCACCCCUACCCUGCUAGUCCCGUGUGGAAAGUGGUUCACGUGACCCCUCAAGGUGUGCACUGGUUAAUGCCAUUCUGUCCCUUUCCCCGUCUCCCCACCGCCUGCACUGGGGCUGGGCCAGUGCUGUCCUGGCUUACUUCUGGGAGGUUACUGGAGGCCAGCUCAGUCCCUAGUUAUGGCCAGUGUCUGCACAUCCCUCCGUUAUCUGGGGCUGAGCUAGACCUCACUUCAGAAGAGAUUCCACCUCUGUUUCAGGCUCAGUCCAGCUUUAGCUGAGUGCCUACACUCUUCAGGGAUACAGAGUGAAUAAGGCCUGACUCCCGGCAGGAAGGGACCACAGUCCAGUAGGUGAGGUAACUCCUGCAGGUGAUGGGACCCAGAGUGCCCUGGGAACCCGGGGGAAGGAGAGAUGUACUUGGCCUGGGCUAGCUGGGGAUGUUGUACCAUUUGAACUGGCCUCUUGGGGUGGGUUCCCCAACAUAUCCCUGCUUUUUAAAAUUGUUCUUCAAGUCUGGGGGAAACUUUUAGGAGUUAUAUAGGAGGCAGCCACAUCUGAUGUCUUAAGAAAAAAAGUCAGUCAUAGUUUUAGUUAGCAUGGAAGUGCUAAAGACAGCAGUCCUUUAGGGAUUAGGAAUGAAUCUAAUAGGUUUGUUUAAUUCUGCUUCAUUUGGUUGUAUGAAGCAUUAGGAUGGCUUAGGUGAGAACUGGAUUAGAAUUCAGUAUGAUGCAUGGAUUUUUUAUGCCAAUGCAAAAACAGUUGAAAUAGUUUGCUAAGUCAGGAGAAAAUAUUUUGUGUAAUAUUCAUUCACUUUACAACAGUAAUAUUCAUGGGCUGUUGUAAAUAUUCUCUUUUCCUGCACACAUAAAAUAGUGACUCUUUCUUAUUUAGCUCUCUUCAGAAUUCUGCUCCUAAUCUCCAUUAGUAACUGGUGUUCUCGUGUGAGUCGGUUACCUGCUGUUUCUCCAAAUAUACCGUCUGUGUGGCAUAGUUAAGAAUCUAGGAAAUUUAAAAUAUGGCCCACAUGAAACCAGAACUGUCAAAGUUGGAGCUAGAGAAAUACUUCCUACACCCUGACUAUCCAUGAGUGCGCGCUCAUGGCAUCAUCUCAUGACAUAUCUUCUGUGUCACAUUAGUUUGUAUUUUAAGAAGAGGCCUGUUGUGUCCUUCCCUGAAGCCUCCCCUUGGCAUCUUUCAAAAGUCACUCCAGGCAGAACCUGCUUUCCUAGUUGUAUGUGUAGUCACGUGACUGGCUAGAAGCGUUUGUUAGAUUUAGGUGCCCCAGGCAGCCAUAGGGUUUAGGAAGCAGAGUGUGCAUAUUCCUUUGAAAGCAGUGUUCGUUAACACUUUCUGUGCUGGAUGAGAAUGCAGCCAGCAUAAAGUUCCCACCUAUUGAAAUGUAAAGACUUAACAAGUCAAACCAAGAAGGUGGUGAGCAGAGCUCCAGGUACAGCGGGGCCCAGGAGAGGGUGGCGGAGGAGGGUGUACGGAGAGGGGCUUAGGGACAGAUAGCUGAUGAGCCCUGCCCUGGGCUCUCAGCACCGCCCAGGAUUGAGUGGCCAGCUGCAGCCAGGGCGACUCGCGCCAGGGUCCUGUCUUCACCUAACUCUGGGUGAGCUUGUUGCAACCCCGGGCAGGAACACGAGGCGCUCUUUCUCUGCCCCAUUCCUAUCAGUUCUCUCCUCCAUCCGUUAAUCUAAUUGGAGUCAACCACCAGGUCUCCAGAGCCAUGGGAAUCCAUGGGCACAGGGCCACGUUUCUGAGGCUGGCUGUGUCAGGGUUGGGCACUUUAUAUGGUAAUAUCUAUGACUUUUGCCUAUGUUCCUGUUUAAACUCCUGAACUGCCAUUCAGAUUAGCCAUGAUUUUAAUGGAAUUUUUGGAUUUAAGACUUGUUGAUAAUCACUUUAAAUAUUUGCACAAACUCUUUAUAAUUAAAAACUAAGAUUCACUUCUAUCUAUUUUAUAGAACUGGAGAUGUUCCACAGGAUUCUAAAUAUCAGAUGCUCCUGGAUCUCAAAGUAGCCUUUUCUGACUAAGCACAGACAAGAAUUCUUUUUUUUGUCCUAGCACUGUUAAUAAUUAUCUGAAAAUCAUAUAUGAUUGAACGAGAAUUGUUUCUCUAAUGCUUGCAUUCCAACAACAACUGAUAAGGAUAUAAAAAUACGUAGUUUCAACUUAAAUUCUAGGCCUAUUCUGUUCUGUAUUAUAUGAAAGAAUUGCUCUGUAAUCCUGAUACUGUAUUGCUCAUUUGUAUAAGCAUAUUUAUAGGCACUUUUAGAAAAUGUUUAGACUGCAGUGUGUACUAUAGACAUAGAACACAGUCAUGUUAAAUAGGUUUUUGAUUAAUACUUGUACAUUGAGAGAUAUGAAAGCUUUAUCAUUUGGACCUUUGCUCAUUUGGGGCAAACAGUUGGGCUGUGUGGGUGGAAAAACUGCUUUCUUGGGCUUUUAUCAAAAACUGGCACUAUUCCCACUUUUUGAAAGUUGGCGUAAAAGCUGUUAGGUAGAACAUACAAAAUAAGUGCUGUGUGGAAUUUAGCUCUCUUAUCUAACCAAGAUUUCUUCCAGAAUUUUCAAGUUUCACACAUGUUCGUGACUUUUCUGAGAAAUGACAAAGCAAUUAAAAUGCUUUUGUCGUUAUAACUGUUUGGUACAUUAACAACUGAAGCUUUACAAUCAAAUCUAGGUAUUUUCAGGAUCUGAAAUGCAAAUUUGAGGAAAACCCUGAAGAAAAACAGAUGCUUUCCUGGAAGGGGAAGACCUGUAGUUCAAGGUAAUACAGUACAAAAUGAAACAGAAAAUAAAAUCACCAAAACCAGAACAAAACCAUGAAGUUUGUUUUCCUGGAUUUGAUCUAGGAUUUGAUUUUAUCUGAGUGGUGGUUUUAUUUCUUAAUCUCUACUUCCUGGCCUAUUUGAAACAUCAAAGUUCUUUUGGGGCGAUCAUAAACUCCUUUUAAAGCAAAUUUCUCUACUCGGGCAAUAGGAUGCAACCAGAUAAUUUGGAAAGCUGUCAAAACAUCCAGCUACUUUUGGUGGUAUAAAUACUUCUAGGCCAGAAAAAAAAGCACAAGUUAAAAUAAUAUUUACACAGUCAACACUUGAUUAUUCCAUCUUGUUUGCAAAAUCUUGUUGAUAUGUUUUGGAUUUUUACAUGAGGAAAACAAAGUUUCCGUGGGAUUUCUUUCCCGCUCCCCUCUCCAGAGGAGGUGUGAGCACAUUAAGGAGGCCAGUUGUAUUUGGGGCUUUUCUGUUGUGUGCGAUUGUGUCUCUUCCCGUUGGACGUUUCCGCACUUUAUCAGUGCUGUCAAUUCCAGGGAUGUCAGUGCUUCUCACAUCCAAACAUAAGUACAGGGGCACUUCUCAAAACUAAGUUUGGAAUUAUUUAUCUUAAAAAAUUUCUUAUGUCACUGCUCCCUUUCGUUGUCAUGGAUAAUUGAGAGUUGACUGUCUUGGGAAAGGGUUGCGUUUCUGUUCGUGCUUUGAGUUCUUUCCGUUAAGGCUGAAGCAGUGCUCUCUUAAUAGUCUGAACAAGUCUGAAAGCAAAUCAUCAGUAGCAGUUUUAAUGCUGAGCUUCCAUAUCAUCGUGUUCAUGUGUACUUUUAAGGCUGUUCGUACCCUGUAAUACGCACUGUGUGAUUUUUUUAAAACCUCUCUGUUUUAAAGUUUUGAGCACAAUGUUGAUCCGUGUGUAAUUUCCUAAAAUUAUAUUGUUUUCCUACAAACAGCUCAACUUUCCUCUCUGUAUAAUACUUCAGGAAAAUACUACCUUGUAAAAUAAAUGUGAUUUUUUUCUUUUUUACCAGCACAAAUACGAUAUUUUGAAUUUUGGAAUAUCCUCCCCCUCCACCCCACUUUAGAGAGUUUGUCUGAUUUAAGUAAUAACACAAUGUGAGCCUAACAAAAACAAAAGCCCCCAUUUGCAAAAUGUGGAAACAUUUAUACCCAGUGCUUACUUUGUGCUAGGAAAUCAGUGUUUUACAUCAUUAUUCCAUUUAAAUUUUACAAAUCCUUAGUGCAGGUAAUUAUUAUGCAUACUGUACACUCACGGUCGCCACUGUUGAUAAUUCCCAGAACCCUUUAUAAUAAGAACUUUUUUGUUGGCUGCAUUAGGUUUAUACAAGUAAAAAUUACAUUCCCCCACAAACGGUAUUUAUUUCACACAACGCUACAAGCUAUGUGUUCGGUUCAUACAUUCCAUGUAAGACAGUUCUGACUGCAAGUUGGAUCCAGGGAGGCCGCUGCCCUGCUGAGCCUCGGGGGUGCAGUCACUAGGUCACCAAGGCUGAGGGUCCAAGCCUCAGCGUGGCAGGUCCAGGAGCUUAAUUUUUAUAUUCACACCAAGAAAAGAGUAGCUUUGGGGUUGGCUUUUAUUGAAUAACCUCAUGGGGAGUGCUAAACAAAUUUGCUUAUCAGUAAUAGAAAUAAUAUCAUUGUUUAUAUUAAUAAUGAUAGCUCAACGGCUGCCUUCCUGCUUUCUCUGAGUAUCCCUCACAGCAGCCCUGUGAAGGAGACUUCAGUAUCCUCACUUCACAAAUCAGGAAAAGGGCUCAAGAAAGAAAACAUUUUUGUUCAGAGUGGCACAGCUUGUAAGUAAGUGGGAGUCAUGUUUGAACUGUCACCUUGGCCGUGGAGCUCAUACUCUCGGCCCUUUUCCUGCGUUGUGUCCUCCUGUAGCCCUUCCCACCCUCAGGGGCCAUGGAGGCUGAGCCAGGAGGCCAAUAGUGAGUGGGGAGGAGAGCAGAGGGUGCCCCCUUCCUGUCCGUGACCAAGAAGACGCCUCCCUCACCCAGACACCACCAGGCUUCUCCCUCCCUCCCCCUUCUGUGCUCCAUGUGGACCUCCCCCCAACACGUACACGCGCCCGCACGCGCUCAGCAUCUUUCUGCAGGUAUCUCAGUGGUUUGAUUUGGCCAUUGCUUCUUCUAUGUUUAAUCAUGAGUCUAGGCUAACUCUUUCUGCCUUCACAAAGGAUAACUUGUCUUUUAAAGUGACUUCUGCAGACAACUCAUCUCAUUAACGAAGUGUGCAUUCUACUAAUUUAACUCUCUACAUGAUUGUAUUGCCAAGUUGUAGAAAGCAUCUCAUUGUAGCCUCUUACAGAUGCUGACUGCACACACUUUUAUUCUGCAAUAAACUUUAAUGUAGCAUCUCAUCCUUACUACAUUUCUAUCGCUGGGAAUUGGUAAUGCCUUUAGCCCUUGGUGUCCCACUCCAGUUCUGUGAUGAAUGAAGGGGUGAGACAGGACCUCGGGACUCAGGCUCGCUGCAGCACGGUCAGGAGGAGCAAUUGGAAGCCAGCGGGAAUUCCUCAGAAACCGGGCAGGUAAGGGUAGACAUGCCUAGAUAUUAACAGCGUUUUUCUGUUUGCUCUUUGGAAUUUUCCGAGUUUUCUAAAUGAGUUGGUGUUACUUUUAUAACCAGAAACAAACCCUGUAAGCUGUUUGAAAGUGAGUUCGGGUGGAGCCUGGCACUGCAGGUUUGUGGGAGGAAGUGGGGAGUCUUCGAGUCUGGGCAGCGUUGCACCCACUCAUCCACUUGGGGGAGGGGUGCAGACUGUGUGUCCUGGAACCACCCGGCCUCCCCAAGGACUGACCCCAGUCCAGGCCUCCAACCAUGGCUGGAAGGGUCUUGGGUCAGUGAGUUGGAGAAAAGAGAGGAUUUGUUUCUCAUUGUCCUUCUCAGUCCCCAGUCUGAAACCGUGUGUGUGAAUUUGGAGGUGGGAGACCAGAAAGCUUGGGCUCUGGUGGGACAUCUUAGUUCUCUUUGACAACUAGCCUGUCACCUAGUGUACAGUCCCAGAGGAUUUAUCCCAAGAAGGAGAUCUGGAGCGUCACUUGUAAGGUGACGACAGAAAGUGCAGCAUUGUGGGUCCUCGGAGCCCCACAGCAUCUGAAGGGGGACUUAGCAGGCAUUUCCCCAGGUGUCACCUUACCUGCCAAGCC